CAACUGCAAGGUAGUAAGAAAAAAUCCAGCAAGUGCAAGGCAAGUGAUGAUUUGUCAAAUGUAGAAAAGAGAUUGCAAAAGAUGGUUAAGAAAGUUAGUACUAAGAAGCACAAGAAUGAUAAGACAAAUCGGCAGUUUCAAGAAAAGCACAGCAAAGAUAACAAUGUAGAUUUGCUUCAUGAAGAUAAUGGAGAUGAAGCCACACAAGAAAACUGGGAUGGAGUUCAACAGAAAACAAAUGAUGUGAAAGUAAAAUCUAGAGGCAAAAUGCAUAGUGGUAAGAAAAAGGCCAGCAAAUGCCAGACAAGUGAUGGUUUGCACAAUGGAGAUAAUGAAGCAAAAUUUUCUUGUGACACAGAUGUGUGCCAUAGAGACAAAGCCACAAUAGAUAAAUGGGAAGAAAUUCCAAAAGAAAAGGCUGAUGAUGUUAAAGUGAAAUCCAAGAUGCAAAGCGGUAAGAAAAAAGCUAGUAAACAUCCAGCAAGUGAUGGUUUGCGCAAUGGAGAUAAAGGAGCAAAAUUUUCUUGUGAUAUAGAAGGGUGUGAUAUGAGCUUCAGCACCCAGCAGGACUUGGCGUUACAUAAGCGAGACAUUUGUCCUGUAAAGGGAUGCAAGAAGAAAUUCUUCUGCCACAAAUAUUUGCUUCAGCACCGCAAAGUCCACCUGGAUGAGAGGCCGCUCAUGUGUUCAUUCACAGGCUGCAAGAAGACAUUCAAGUGGCCAUGGGCGAGGACAGAGCACAUGAGGGUGCAUACGGGGGUGCGCCCAUAUGCAUGCACAGAACCUGGCUGCACUCAGACAUUCCGGUUUGUGUCGGAUUUCAGUCGUCACAAGAGGAAGACUGGCCAUUCCUGUGAUAAGAAAAAGAAGAACAGUACAUAACUUCUAACUGCUUAUGCACAAGUACAGGUUUCUUCUCUGACGGCAAUUUGAAGGGGAUGCUAAUCGAAUAAUUGCAUCAGAUUCCAUUGGUUGCGGAAUUAGUCGGCAUUAGGAGUCUAAUUCAUUUCAUUGUUUACUGCCUCUGUAUAACAGCUGAUUUUCUGUCGCUUUAGGUCGAACUGACCUGAUGUUGACUGGGAUUAUUCCAUGUCAAUUGUAUCGUUCUUUCGUUGGUCUGAGAAAUUGGGAAGUUUCUGUUGUCAACAAGGUUAAAUUUGGUGUACUUCUGUCGUUCGAAGGCAUGUUAAUCUGUGAUCAAUUUCUCCUGAAAAACAAAAUUGGGUAAGAAUCAUGUGCUGAAACCUGUGGCCUUUUCUUGACCCUUGAAUUGAUUAUCCUAAUCACUAAGGCUGGGGGGCUGCUCCAAUAUGGAGGGCGUCUUAUGACUCCCUCUAUACCCCUUCUGAAGAUGCAGAUGGUUCGGUUCAAGAUGGACUUUUUGACCCUCGAUUUGUUUAUUCUAAGCAACUCGAGUCUUGGUGGGCUAGUGUCAACGGGUGCGGUCAGGAGUGCUUCCGUUGCAAUCCAAGGAUGAUUUUUUGGAGCACUGCGCAGCCUCUUGGCAGCAUGAUGACAGAGUAACUUCAACCGACAAUAGAGGUUUUGUUUGUCUGAGGUUAUCUGAGAAUCAUCUGAAAAUCUGAAUUUAAUGAGAAUCUGUUGUCGAGAGAAUCCACUGGUUGGAUAAGUUGGGAGUUUGGCAACCUCAUUAUUUGUAGUUAAUUAUGUGUUCUGAGUGUAAAAUGACAUAUGUGCCCUUGUGGCUAAUGAUAGCUCAUUUGAUUCA